AUGCCAACAAAACAUUGUCGUUUUGCAAAGUGUACGUCGGAUAAUCGCUAUCCAGAAGAAAAUGUGUUUUUUAUACCAUUUGUAAAACCUCAUAUCGACGAGGUACCAAAGGCACGAAAAAAAAGACUUUCAACAUCAACAAUUGAUUCUCUGUGCAGUCCAGACCAAAAAUCAAAAAGAGGCAAAGAUCUUAACUCUGAUUUUUUCAUUCAAAGUCAACAAAAUGAUGCUCCAGUAAACAAACUCCAACAAAAAGAUAUUCCAGUAGACGACUAUUUAACUCCUAAAUUUACUGAACCACCACCAAGUGAAAAAGAGCACACCAAUAAAUAUGUAGCUCUUGCAGAAAGUCAAACUUGUAUAGAAGUUGAAAGACCGCCAACUGAAUCAGCACUGAGGAUUUGGCACUCACAAUCAGGAACUAAUAACCACAUAACGAUAAAGCAAUUUAAAGUAUUAUCGUUAAAAAAUCAACUUUUUUUAACCCUUGUGAGAUUAAGAUGUGGUUUUUUAUUGUACGAUUUGAGUUGUCGGUUUGGAGUGAGUAUGAGUUAUAUUUCAAAAAUAACAACAACAUGGAUCCAAUUAAUGAGGGCAAGAGAAAUAGCUUCGGCUCGAAUACACGUGGAACGAUUCAUUGGUCGAAUGAAACAAUUUAGAAUAAUGCAAAGAAUCAUACCUAAAACUUUAUUACCUAUUGUAUCCCAAAUCGUUUUUGUUAUUGCAAUGUUAAUAAGUUUAUAUUUAUAUUUUUAUACGUUUAUCACAAGUAGUGGUAGCUUUUGUGGUAGUCUUAUCUCAAAAAAUUCCAUAGCUAAAAUAUUAUGGACUUUACAUAAUUUAGUGGUAAGAGCUUUUAUAAAAUUUUCAUCUCCAGAAAUCUUCUCGACUACAAAACCAUUCUUGGGUGUCCAGACAAUAAAUUCACAAUACUGCAACUCUAAAAUAGCCAAUCUAAAGUUAGUGGUGAGCAAUUUUUCAGCGUGUAAGGACACUUUAUUUCAAUACAGUAGAGAAGUUCAUUAUUUUCAAAAAUUAAUCCGUCUGGGCUACAACCAAGUCCUGGGAACUUAG